ACCGACAGGGCUGCAUGUCUGUCCUCUCUGUGGAGACACUGCUGCCUCGACACAGCGAGAUAACUUUAAUGUCUUUCUCUCGUUCUGUUUUCUAAUCAAAGAAGAAUUGUUUCAUGGCUACAGUUUGAAAAAAAAAACCCAAAACAAACAACGGCAACAACAACAACAACAACAACAGCAAAGUGUGUCGGAUCCGAGAGGCCAGAUUUCAUGCCGGUCACGGACGCUGGAAACGCCCCAGUCCGCGCUCCUUGAGAUCUUUUCCCACGCAGGUUUGAGCGCGGCUGUCCGAAAGCGGCCAUGUCUUCAAAAAUGCAGAGCUCCGGCAGCAUAGCGCAGGCCCGCAGGACGGUGCAGCAGCUGAGGUUGGAGGCCAGCAUCGAGAGGAUAAAGGUGUCCAAGGCCUCGUCGGACCUCAUGCGCUACUGCGGGGAGCACGCCAAGAACGACCCGCUGCUCAUGGGCAUCCCCGCCUCCGAAAACCCCUUCAAGGACAAGAAGCCAUGCACUGUUCUGUAGGGGGAGCUGGACGGAACUCGCGCUGCGUUUCAUUUCGAUGGUAGUCAUACUGCUCACUACUUGCAUUAAGGCCAAGCGUUCCCCCGAUUACUUUUUCACGUGCCUGCUGCAGAUCGAUAAGGACUAGAUUCAUCGCCGCCUCUUCAGUCAGAUAGCAGCUUCACCAGAGAGCAGGCAGAAAUCUGAACCUGUGACCUCCGACGUUAACUUCAGCUCAAACAGAGGUGGUGAAAAGUUAGUAUGGAGGCUAUUUGUUUCUGUGCUGGUGAUCUGAUAAGAUCUGGAGGGAACUGUGCCACUGAGGGAGAGUCCCUUGACUCACUAAUUAUCACAGCGUGCAUAAACUCAAUUAUUGGUCAAAUCGCAUUUUGGCUUUCAGCUUCUACUUUCCUCUGUGGGAAACAGUUUUUUCUUUUUUUUAAGUUAGUUACUUUGGGUUAACGACUGCCUUGAGAUAACGACGUCCGGUGGUUGGAAGAGUCAACUGUGCUGCUGAUAUAUUUUGCCACCCAGCCACAGUCAAAAAUGAUUGUGUGCAAAGAUUCAAUUAAAAUUGACCAGAUUGUCCCGACAUGUAUAAUGUUGAUCGGACUCAGCCACUCUAAGACUAUAGUGAAGCACACUUGCAGUGCAAAGCCAGGAUUUUGGUCUGAAUUGACUAAAAGUUUGUUUUUAUGGAUGUUUCCUUUUAGCUUGCAGCAUUCUGCAAACGCAUAAAAGACUUGAUAUCAUUAUCCCCGACUUCAACUAAAUCCAGUGCAAAGAAAUUCAAUGUCUCGAAAAUGUUGUUGAGUCAUUUUUCUCAUCUUUUCUUUUUCUCUCUCUCUCUCUCUCCAUGCAUUUGACCUAGAAGUGUAUGUGCAACUUUGUACCAGCACAGAAACAGAAAAAAAGAUUGUCCCGUAACUACACACGGCCCUUUGAGGGAGGCAGUGCCUACUAAAUAAAAAUGUGGAAAUGUUCAGCUGUUGUUGCUGAAGGAAAACUAUUGGAAGACCGAUCCGUGCCAUCUCAUCAGAGUCACUUCUAUCAAACUUGAUUUUUUUUUUCUUUUCACAGCAGUUUCUCUCUGCAGAUCUGAGGCUUUAUUACUGUACAGUGACUGUGCUCCUCAUGCACUUUUGAGACCUGUAAACUCCAGAUGACUGUUACACUCUUGAGUUUGAAACAUUCCAUGUUUAAAGUUGCUCCAAAGCUCACUUUGACUUAUAUAUUUUUUAAUAUCUUUGACUGGCUUGAUAUCGCUGUAUCUUUGUCAUUUGUCUGUUGGUGCAAAAUGCAACCAACUAAUAUUGCAAUUUUACCAGCUCGGGCCUUAAUAAUGAAGUAAUUCCCGCUUCAGCCUCUUGACAAACUUUUAGUCACACAAGUGCUGUUGUCUAAUACUGUGAAUAAUGAAGACCCUAUAGGUGAAGGGGGUAUAUCUGACAAUAGAUUAUUAACCAUGUGUGUGUAUGACAUCUUAUAUUUAAAAAAAGACUCAUGUGAUAUAUGUCCAUGUAUCACAGUACGUGCUGGCUUGUAACAGUGUAAUGUACUUUUGCAGGAUUGCACUGAUUCAGUCAAACCUCCACUUUAAUUUCUGUUUUUGCAACAUUAAUUGUCUUGGUUAAUUGUGGAUUUGGUAGAUUUUUACUUGUGAGUAUGAUUUAGUGGGGUUUUUUUUAGAAAAAAACGCUACAAAAUUUCUCACACGUGGUGAGUGUGGUCACAACUUACUGUACGUCAUGUUCUGCCUUUACCUGUCUGUGAUAAGUGCAAAUAAACCCAUGGAAAACAA